GCCCCACCGUGUUCUUUGCAGGUGUAAGCAUUUGAUUGUUGGAGAGAGCAGAAUCAAUGACAAUGCAAGAGUGAUAUCGAUUCGCUACGGGUCGUCUGAGAGUUUGCGUAACACACUAGCACGAGUGGAAAUCGUUUUCUCGCUUCAACUGUGACGAAUCGCUGGUAGCUACGACUGCAAGGGACGGCUUAACUCGAACUGUAACAGGAACCAUAACUCGUUGAAACUAUUGCCCGACAACUGUUGAUUACCCUAUCGUCGAUUCUUCCACGCUGCAAGCCAAUGAAAGUUAGUACCGUCUAGGUCUAGCAGUAGAACAUAUCUUCAGAAGAUAAUGCUACCGACUUGAUAAUUCCCCUUCCCGCCACGAGCCGUUGCUGUUGUACUAUCAGAGCAGCCCGCCGAGCUUGAACAAUGACUGGCGCAAACGUGUUACCACCGACGGUGCCGCCGCUGGUGGUGUUUGUCAUCAACGCAAAGACGGGGGCGACGGUAUGGGCGGAAAUAAGCACCAGGGUCCCCGUCAAGAGGCUGAAGCGGUAUCUAUGGAUUAUGCUUUUUCUUUAUUUUUUUGCAACGGGUCAAUGUAGUUCAUUCGAUUUCGUCGAACAGCUCAAACCGAACGUAUGCGUAAAAAUUUGAUCUACUAGUAUGAAAACGAGCGUGAUGGUCCUUACCUUCUUGUUUCUUCCAGGGUCGUGGAGCUCCAGACGGGUAUUCCAGUGAAGGACAUGAUGCUGGUUAACAAGGGUGAUGCGUUGAUCGACGACAAAAUGAUUGGGGACUCGAAAAUUGACCCGUUUUCCACGAUCAUGAUGCUGGACGGACGGGACAUCCCGGAGAAUCCCGAGGGAGACGAGGAGGAGGGGGAGCAGAACUGAAUGUGACAACUUUCUGAUGUAGAACUUUAGCCACGACAGAGCGACGUUGUAACGAAUUUGAUUUCCUGCGUGUAGCUUGAUUUUUCACGACGAAGAAACCGAUACACAAAAAUUGAAAAUAUCUUCGCAAAAGAUAUCGUUGGUAAGGUGGAAAACGGCCGCGCAACUGCUCUGGAAAAACUUAUAAGUGAUUCAAGUUGACAUUACCGAAGAGAAUGUACAACGGCGCGCUGGAUGUUUUAAAGCCGAUGGUGAUCGUGUUUGUCUUCGUGAUUUUUAUUUAUUUCAUCUCUCGUAAACUAAAACUCAUCCAUUC